CACUUCAACCGAUAUUGAUAAACAAAAUUUUGCUGACUGGCUUUUACAAAUUGGAGAAGAUCGUGCUGAAAGAUUCCCACACAACAACAAUUUUAUUAAAAUUCCGGAUGAUAUCUUUUUACCAUCUCAAGACAUACGCACAUUAAUAGAUUUUGUAUAUCCCGAUCUUACAUCACAGGCUAAUAAUUCUUCCUACUUAAUGGAACGUGGAAUUCUUGCUCCCAAAAAUACAGAUGUCUCUACUAUUAACUCUACUAUUCUAAAUUUAUAUCCAGGUGACGAAAUUGAAUAUUUAAGCACGGAUA